ACUCACUGGAAGAAGGCCCAGCAGGCUGCCCAGACUAGCGAACAAUACAGUCAGGAUGGCUAAAGGUGAUCCCAAGAAACCAACGGGCAAGAUGUCUGCUUAUGCCUUCUUUGUGCAGAUGUGCAGAGAAGAACAUAAGAAAAACCCAGAGGUCCCUGUCAAUUUUGCAGAAUUUUCCAAGAAGUGCUCUGAGAGGUCGAAGACAAUGUCUGGGAAAGAGAAGUCUAAAUUUGAUGAAAUGGCAAAGGCAGACAAAGUGUGCUAUGAUCAGGAAAUGAAGGAUUAUGGACCAGCUAAAGAAGGCAAGAAGAAGGACCCUAAUGCCCCCAAAAGGCCACCAUCUGGAUUCUUCCUGUUCUGUUCAGAAUUCUGCCCCAACAUCAAAUCUACAAACCCUGGUAUCUCCAUUGGAGACGUGGCAAAGAAGCUGGCUGGAAAAGCAUCAGUACCCGAAAAGGCUGAGGCUCCGGAGUCAUUAGGCCAGUGA